AUGGCGGCGGCUGCAAUACAUGGGUCGACAAAAGAACGAGAGAGAAAAAGGAAGGAUGGGUUGAAUGUGACUUACUCUGCAUUCCCAAUGGCUCACGACUUGCAUAAUGACGACACAAAAGGUUUCAUUGACUCUCAUUGGUUCUCCGAUAAUAGCGUCGCAAUGGCGACCUUCAAAGGCAGUGUAGCGGUCGGCAGUGCUCAACGGCGAGGGAGCAGGCAUCUCAGUUUGAUUGGAACAAUGAACGAAAGGGAGGUGGUGGUGGAUGACUUCACGCAUGGCGGCUGGAUAUCUCCUAGGUUUAGGGUUUCACCAUGCGAUGAGGGGAAGCCAAGGGUUUAUUCCCCGUUGAAACGAUCGAAACCAGUAAAAGGAUCCGUUAUUUUCCGUAUCAUCAAUAUGGAUAACAUGUUCUCAAAUCAAGUCGGUAGAAAUAUUGAAGUGUAUGUUGAUGAUAUAGUGAUAAAAAGAAAGAACGAGAUCAACUUGUUAUCGGAUAUUGCUGAGAUAUUUGACACACUUCGUAAAGCGAACAUGAAGCUCAACCCUAAAAAAUGCACGUUUGGGGUGGAAACCGGACAAUUUCUGGGCUACAUGAUCACUAAAGAAGGAAUCCAAGCGAAUCCAGAAAAAAAAUCCAAGCCAUAA